CCUUUAUAGUAUUUGAUAUCAAAACUCUGAAACAAUGGCAUGUCCAUGGUGGGAUGAUGAUGAUGAUGAUUACAAGCAUGUGGGAGGGUCACGCCAUGAGGAUCACAAGGAUAAGAGCCAUGAGGUGCACAAGGGUAAGAACCAUGAGGAAAACAAAGGAGAGAAGAAGGAAGGGAACUAUAAUGAGAAGAUGAAAGAGCAAGAGAAAAGCCAUGAAAAUGGUAGUGGAUUUGAAAAAGGGUAUGAAAAAGGCUAUGAGGAUGGCUAUGACAGUGGUUAUGAACAUGGGUUUGAGCAUGGUUGUGGAUACAGCCAAAGUAGUAAACGUGGUCAAGGUUACAAUGAUCAAGACAGCAACAAGGAGGGUCAAUCUGACGAUAGUGAUGAUAUAUCUGAGUAUAACGGUGGUUAUGAGCUUGGUCAUAACCACAACAGUGACAAUGAAUACGGCUAUGAUGAUGAUGAUGAUGGCUGUGGAUACGGCUUUGAAUGUGAUCAUGGUGGCUGGAGUGACGAUGAUUAA